AUGGCCUCAGCAGAAGAGGUAGCCCGCUACUACCCCCUCCCGACGGACGAGUACCUCCAGACCGAGCUCCAACGCCUGCAGAACGACUUCCAGGCCUUCCAGGACCUGAUCGCCAGCACCCGCGGGAGCCAGGGCCGAGACUGCGACUGCCUCGGCCAGGACGACAACAUAAGCCAGCCUGAGGAUGACGAGCCCUGCCCCAUCCACGGCAACAGGAUCCAGUCGGCACAAAGCGGCGAGCGGCUGAGCAACGCGGGCCUGCACUCCGCGCUGGACAUGCUGACGCGGAGGGCGAACUACAUGCUGACCUUGCGGGCGUGUGACUGCGUGGAAGGGGCUGGGACGGCAGCCGAACCUCCUGCUGCUGCGCCAACUAAUCCCACGACCACGACCACCGCCAACCCGCCGGCGGAACAAGGAUCGGACGUACUGAUGAGAUCCUCAAGUCUCUCAAGCCUCGCCUCAAGCCCCUCAGAUCCGUUCGGGAGCAACGACGACGACAACGGCGGCGACGGCGGCGACGGCGACGCCACACAGCUACCGACGCCGCCACAGAGCGGCGGCCCCACCGCCAACCCGCCGGCGGAACAAGGAUCGGACGUGCUGAUGAGAUCCUCGAGUCUCUCAAGCCUCGGCUCAAGUCUCUCAGAUCCGUUCGGGAGCAACGACAACGACGGCGGCGAGGGCGGCCCCGCCACCCAGCUGCCGCCGGUCGACGAGGAGCCGUUUGACUAUUCCUCCUAUGACAUUGACCCUUGGACUCCGCCUCCGCCAGGCGGCGGCGGUGGUGGUGGUGGUGGUGGCGGACGAGGCAAUACCGACUCACCUCUCACUCCGGUAGCUGAGUCCUCGCCUCUUACCCCGAUAUAUGGGAACGAGUCGCCGGAUGACCCCUUCAUCGAUAAAGCUUGA